GGAAGGCCCGCCCCUUCUCCCUCCCACUUCCUGGGGCCCUAAAGAGGGGCGGAGGCGUGACGGGCAAAGGCUGCGACGGCCGGAGGUGGAAGCUGCAGGCAAGAGUGCCCUGAGGGAUGCCAAAGAAGUUCCAAGGAGAGAACACCAAGUCGGCAGCCGCCCGGGCGAGAAAGGCGGAGGCCAAGGCAGCCGCAGAUGCCAAGCGGCAGAAAGAACUGGAGGAUGCCUUCUGGAAGGAUGACGACAAACACGUCAUGAGGAAGGAGCAGCGGAAGGAGGAGCGUGAGAAGCGCCGCCUAGAGCAGGUGGAGCGCAAAAAGGAGCUCCAGCGUCUCCUGGAAGAGGAAGAUGCGAAGCUGAGGGGGAAGCAGCCCAAGCCACUAGUCUCAAACAAGGUUACCCGUGCACAGAUCGAUGAGGUGCUCCGGAAAGAGCAGAAGGAGAACAGCGAUGCUGUAGAGAAGCAGAAGAGUCACCUUGACCUGCCUCUGGAAGAAAAUGUGAACCGCCGAGUCCUGGAGGAAGGUGCUGUGGAGGCUCGAACCAUUGAAGAUGCAAUUGCCGUGCUCAGCCUAACGGAUGACCUGGACCGGCACCCAGAGCGCCGGAUGAAGGCGGCUUUCUUGGCCUUUGAAGAGGUCAACCUGCCCCGGCUGAAGCAGGAGAACCCGAACAUGCGCCUCUCCCAGCUCAAGCAGCUUCUGAAGAAGGAGUGGAUGAAGUCCUCCGAGAACCCCAUGAACCAGCGGCACACGGCCUACAACAGCCAUAAAUGAGACUGGAGCGCCCCCCUUUUCCCACCCCCAACAUCCACAGGCUGGGUACAGCACGCAUCUGACAACCUUCUGCUGUGAGCUGCCUUUCAAAGAGCGUGCAGAUAAUUCCUGUCCUCCCCCUCACAGUUUGCUUUGAUGACGUCCUACCCACUCAUUUGGACUCUUUCCUUCCCUGCUCACAUCCUGAUCUUCCAGGAGUUCAAAACUGCUCCAGUGCAGCUCAGCCACACCUGCCCUGCUCAGGAUGCUGCUUCCUCUCAGAGCUAGGUGGGCUUACCUGGUAGCAGUCAUUGUAUCUAGAAAAGAUGCUGCCAUCGCCUGUCCUCUCAGGGUCUGGUGAAUUGCCAAGGACACUUUGCCACAUGAAAUACGCCCCUGCUUUUCCAUGGUGCUGCUCCCUCCAAUCCCAACUGUGACACUUUCCCUCAGGUCAGGAUUGGGCAGAAGGGGCUUCCCCAGGCAUUUGAACUUCAGUUCUCAAAGUCCUGCUAGCAUGGCCAACGGUUAGGGAUGCCGGGUGUGGAAGUCCCUAAUGGUUUUUCUGCCCACCCUUGUCCUAGGUCACCUGCAUCCUUGGGUGAUAAAACUGUACCUUGUGGCAGCAUACCUUGCUGAGUUCUCUCCUGUCUAAAAAGAAAGGAAACGGCCACAUGCGGAAAGAGAAGCUUGCUGGAGAGAACACCUGGCUGGAACGCUUCCAGCCACCGUGGCUUUUCUGUCUGCAGUCUGCCACAGGAAGGGAGCUGCUGUCCCAAGCAAGGGUGGCCCUGUGCCCGUUCCGAGCACUUGGCCCUUCGAAAGGGUGCAGGCAAUGUGGCUGGAAGGGCUUGGUCCCUCAGACCUGUCCUCCAGCACCUCUUUGCCUCUCCCGCUCCCUGACCUGAGGUUCGUGUGCCACUGGGCUGUUUCCCCAGCGUUUUGUGACCUCGUGCCCAGGGCUGGUUCCUCCCACUCUCGCCUCAGCCCUUAUGGGCGAGUUCCCCACCUGUCUUAGCAGGCCCUCAUCUGCAUUGACCCCUGCGGUGCCAUCCAUUCUUGUGCCAGACGCCCCUUCUUUGCACAGGCCAGGGCGGUGCUGCUUUCAUCUCCUGGUGUCAGUGGGUGCUUUUCUUCAUCCACCCCCUUGCAUCAGUGAUGGCUUGACUCGUUCAGGGGCUCCCUCCUGCUGCAGCUUGAGGGGGCAGGGCAGUACCAUUCCCUUGUGGGGGCCCACAGCCCAGUGACAGAGGUGAGGUGGGACCCCACCUCUCACAUGAACUGCUGCGGAUGUUCGUGCAAAGCACUCGGCUCGAUCUUCAGCACAUUUUGCUGCUGCCAGCAGCAAAGCUUCUGGCGAGUGGGCCCCAAACACUUCCUUUCCCCAUCAGGCUCCCCUCCCAUCCAGCAUGUUUUUGAGUAAAAGGUCUGCUGCUCUGUUUUCUUUUCUAACCUCUGCCUGGGGCCAGGAAGUAACGUCAUGUUGCCCUCAGUGCCCCUGGGCUUUGAUGAGCAGAGGCAAAACACUCCCAGGAAGGGCAGAGAUGGUGACAGAGUUUCGUGGGCUCCUACCCAGAACACACCACUGUUCCUUCCCAUGAACACUCCCAGAGGGCAGCCCUGGCAGGGCUUUUGACUGCUCACCUCUUGGCCAGCUCCUUCCUACCAGUUUCUCGGUCUCGCCCAUCCACAGAGCACCAGCAGCUUCUCUGGUGAAUGCCGCAGUUUCCAGGCACCAGGCUUCCUGGAGGGGGGAGCUUUCUACUCCAGGGGGAGAUCACAUGCUGAUGUUGGUCAACAAAUCUUUAGUUUCAGGCCCACCUCCUGUUAUUUUCCAUUCUUAGCACUGGGCAGGCAUGUGCUGGACUAUUCAAGGGUGAACUAAAGGUACCCAAGAGACCGGUCAUCAAACAUGGGAAGGUUCGGAGGAAAGGGGACAGCAGCCCUUCCUGCUCUGUCUGCCUUGCCACUCCCCCACCCUGCAUGCUGGGACAAUGGAAGAGUUUUCUCCUCCUCACAGGAGCCCCCCUCCCCAUAGAGGAAACUGUGUGCCCUCAUCCUGUUGACUGCCCAGCUGCAGCUGGUGAAGGCACAGCCUGGCAAGGAGAUGAGCGGACACACUGUGUGUAAGACGUUUCCUGUGGGGAAGUCAGGGCUGUUAGGUGACUCCUGUGUUGUCAGCUGUGGAGUACUGGAAUUGCACCUUGGGAAGCUGGAGCAGUGACGGUCUUGUGUACGCCGAACCCCCAGUUUGGUGUGUCAACUCUUCUCAGAAUUGUUUCCCCUUGAGGCUACUCGGCAGCCUCACUCGCCCUCCUUUUGCCUUGGAUUCCUUGUCUCAGAGUGAUUCCACAUGGCUCUAAGCAAUGAACCGCCCUCCUACCCCUGCUCCACACGCCUAGAAAGGUCCCUGCCUUCUCUUUCUGAAGGGAAAGCCCAGCAUUUUCCAAAAUACAUGCACGCACACACCCCUUGACCCAACCUGUAAACCAGCUAAGGGAAUAAAAGUCUCCGAACUGUG